AUGUAUCCGUCCACCAUGUCCAGCGGCCUCAUGGCUACCUUGUCACUGUCUGGCCUGGCACUUGGACAUCCUACACGCGACGUCAGCUGCGAUCCGAUCCAUCUGCUCGUCGCCCGUGGUAGCAACGAGAAAGCCGGCCCUGGCCAGUUGCUUUCGCUGGCCAACGACAUCAUCGCAGCAAAUCCCGGAGCAACGUAUGAGUCCAUUGACUAUCCGGCCAUCUUGAACCCUUAUGGGCCAUCUGUGAAGCAGGGCACCGUGGCUGUUAAGCAGCAGCUCACCGACUAUGUGAAAAGCUGCCCUGAUUCAAAGAUUGUGCUCCUUGGCUACUCCCAGGGAGCUCAGAUCACUGGUGAUGCGCUCUGCGGUGGUGAUGCCGCUGGCACCGGGCCAGUCACACCACCAAUCGAUGCGGCCAUUGCUAGCCAUGUUACUGCUAUUGUUUGGUAUGGCGAUCCCCGCCAUAACGUGAGCGCCUCCUAUGACCAAGGAACUGCUACUACUGAUGGGCUUUAUGUCCGUCCUGCUUCCCAGUCUUGUGACGCGUUCUCGGACUUGAUUGCAUCAUACUGCGACUUGGGCGACCCCUAUUGUUCUGUUGGCAACAAUGUGUGGGUUCAUUUGACGUACCCUUCCAGGCACGACUGGCCGGCAGCAGCUUUUGUCAAUGCAAAGCUCGCAGGUUAA